AUGCCGCCGCUGUCACUGCCACAGCGGCGGCUGCCGAAGCAGCCGCCGCCGCCCAAGGCCCAAAACACCAUGGCGACCUCCGAGUACCGGAUCACGGAGAAGAUGGGGACGGGCUCCUUUGGCGUUGUCUUCAAAGUAUGUCGGGUGACGGACCACCAAGUCUUCGUCAUGAAGCGGAUUCCACUGCUCGGCUUGACGACGCCGCAGCGACGCGAUGCUGCCCAGGAGAUCAUCCUCAUGCGCGACCUGCAUCACCCCUGCGUGGUGUCGCAACGGGAUGCCUUUCUAUUCAACGAGCACGACCUGUGCCUUGUCAUGGACUACUACGACGGUGGCGAUAUGGACACCCACGUGGCAGCACAGCGUGAGCUGGACAUGUACUUUGAUCUCGAUCAGGUGAUGCUGUGGUUCGUGCAGCUUGUGCUUGGAGCGCAGUACCUGCACGCCCACAACGUUGUCCACCGUGAUAUCAAAAUACAUAACGUGUUUAUACGGUCCAGAGACAUGUCCGUAGUGCUCGGCGACUUUGGCAUCUCCGAGCGACUCGGCGCCGACAUGACUAGUCACACAUGGGCCACAGCCGCAACGAUGGGCGGCCCUCCAGGAAGCAGCAGCUCGUCCUUCACAUCCGCGCCAGCGGUGGCAAACGGGGCCUCUGUUGGCUCGCCGUCUCCACUGCGGAUGAACGACGGCGACGACAAAGUGUCGUCGCUCCCAAUCUCCGGUGGUCUCUAUUCACCCACGCCCGUCGCCGCAGAAGCUGCGGCAGCACCGCCAUUCCCGUCCCUUUACCAGCAGGCCCCAUGGUCCUCUGGCCAGUGGGGCGCAGAGUCACCGCUCUAUUCCCCCAAGUUGAGCCCCUACGAGCCGCUGGUGCACAUACGCCAGAUGAGCACCAGCAGCAAUGCGGUCUCAUCAUGCUCGCCGGGCUCUCAGCGGAGGCGGCUGCACAGCGGCGUGGAUGGCGUCGAUGUGAUGGAGGCGGCCAUGAAGGGCACACCGCUCUACAUGGCGCCAGAGGUGCUGCAAGGUGGGGCGGCCAGCCCCAAGUCAGACGUAUGGUCGCUCGGCUGCGUUCUCUACGAGCUACUGGCCCUCCGUCAUCCCUUCGAGUCGCGCGACCUUGCACCGUUGGUGAUGCGUGUCUUGCGAGGGCAGCGCGAGCCGCUGCCAGCACACUUCCCCCGGCCGAUCGCGGACCUGAUCAACCGCAUGCUCUGCCUCGAUGCCGGUCAGCGCCCCUCGUGCGAGGAGGUGCUGACGGUGCCGUGUGUGCGUGCCUACGUUGACCUCUGGCGCAGCCUGCGGACUCCUCUUGACGUUCCCUCCUCACCCAGUGAGUGUGCACUGACGCGACAACUGCAAGCGUGGCAGGAAAAUAUUGCAGCGUGGAACGCACGCCACCCUGGCGACCCACGCGGGAAGCCCUUGCACUACACCGAGCUGAGGCGUCAGUUGCUAAGCCCCGCCUGUGCGCCGGCUGAGGAGCACGAGAAUGCGGAGCGGCGAGCUGUUGAGGCAGCGCGUGCGGCUCUUUUGACAGCGCAGCCGUCGGGGCUGAUUGGCAGUGCCUCCUCGCUCGGCAUGGGCGGCGCCAGCCAGGGCGGCGGUGGCGCCCACGACGGGAUCUUCUACGGGGCCACUGGCGAGCGUCUCGUCGGCGCGGCUGGCGGUGAGCUACAGAGCAUUCCCUCCGCCAGGGAGGGUGCGGUGGGGAUGGCACCCUCAGACAGCAUGCGUCCCUACAUGCUCUACGACGUCGCACCAGAGCCUGCCGCCGGUGCUGCCAGAGGAACGGCAGGACUGGCUGACGCUAAAGCUGCGGCAGGCAAGGCAGUGGACGGCUGCCCUUCAGUGCCAUCGCGCCGUCCGUCGGGGUCGCCAUCGCCGUGCCCGGUUCAAACCGGUGAUUUGGCUGUCACUGGGCACAAGAUCGGCAACGGCCGAAAUCCCUUCGGUUUGCCGCCGCCUCCGACUGAUGCGACUCACAGCGAGGACUCUCCGAUCGGGAGCGCUGCUGCGGGGAAGCGCCGACACCGCCAGGCACGGCAGCGCGAGCCCGCCACGCCUCAGCAGAACGCUAAGUCAGUGCGCCACAACGGCAAAGCUGAGCCCAAAGGUAAGCUGUCGAAUGGAGCGGCAUCGCUGGCGAUCGAUAGCUUCGCCGCGGUGCCAGCGACGUCACCAGCAGGGUCGCUGCGAUCCUUCCAGCUACAGCGGGGCUUUUCCGCAUCACUGCCGUCGCUGUCGCGAGAGCACGACACCGCUCUAGGCGGCGCCAUUGAUGAGGAUGUGGCGUUCUUUAGAGCUUAUCACAAUGUCUCCGACAUGCGCUGUGCUUCCCUCGAGGAGAUCGCUCAGGCCGUCAUGGAGCUGCGGCAGCGCGUGCAGGAGCGCCUGCGGCACCAACGCGUGCUCACCGACAUAGAGGUUUUACAUGAGCGACACGGCUCCGCCCUCCUCCGUAGCAUGCCGCACGUUCUACACGUGCUUGAGGUGGCCGCGGCGGCCGCGGCGGCCGGGGAGGGGCACGGUGACCCGCCCGCCGGCGCCCAGCCCUGGAUGUCGCCCGAAGGCGUGUACGUCGACAUGGUGCGGCAAAUCGAUGAGCAGCGCAGUGGACGUGAGAGGCUCCAGCUCGACACCGGCAGUGAGGAGAGGGUGGCCGGCAUCUCGUAUGCGGAAAAGCUGCCGGUAGGCCGUCCAAUGCCGCCGCGCAUCCGAGAGCUGCGUGAGGCGGCCGCACUGGCGCAGGCGGCGGCGAGCGAAGAGGCACGCCGUCGUGCACGGCUACUUCCGAGCGAGUCAAGGCGUGACUCGACAUGCGCCCAAAGCUGCGGUGUCUCCACGUCGUCUGCGGUGUCGAUGCGCUUUGCCGACCCAGCCGCGCCCUUGAUGGCAGCCUCGACAGAUGGCGGUCGCUCCGCUUCACGGACCGCCGCGGCGGAGCUGCGACGGUGGCGCCCCUACCUCGAGCGCCGCAACCGCCUCUCCGCCGAACUCACCGGCGUCUUCGACGCCACCACGCUACGGGCGGUGUACUCAUACUACCGCACCUGCGCGUUGCUGCAGCGGGAUGCUACGGUGGUGCGCCGGCUCGUGCCAGACCGGCAGCAGUGGACGGCGCUGCCGUCAAUCGAGGAGCUGGCGGUGCUCGACCGACAGCUGGAGGGAGUGCUUGAGAAGCAGCCGAGGUGA